AUGCUCCCCUUUGAGUACCGGAUAAGGUACCCAGUAGAUGCCCCCAAGGGGUACAAGACACGGCCAGCCAUUCUGGAGACGCGGCCAGACGGGGUACACAUCUUUGACAAUCAGGGGAUUUCAAUUUUGGAGCCAUGGAGGGACUGGUCUCCAGACACACUCACCAGCCCGAAAAACCCCAAUAUCAUUUUGCUCACAGACAAACUGCACGUCACCUGCAUGCCCGCGGGCCAUCUCAGCCUCCGCGCAGCAGUGACUGCAGACCUCCUCUUAGGGGCUAACAAAGGCUUGCCGGAGUCUAAAGCGACCUGGCUUCCGGCAAAGGACUUAGUAAGUGGCGAGGAGAUAGAGCUCUGCUUUUUCAAGAAGACUCUUGCGCUUAUUCGACUGAAGCAGGCCAGAUCUUACGUGCUCGUUCUUCGUCCCGAGGCGAUAACUUCUGUCGUUCUUGCCCUAGUAAGCGAUGGCCCAGGAUACGUGUCCACGUGCUUUUUUAUGGACCAAGAAAUGCCUUUCUACCCUACUAGACUUGAGUUCGCAACGCACGAUGCCGCGAAAGCCUUUGCUAGUAACAUUGUAUCGGGGACGAAUACUUUACGACGCGAUAACUUUGUCAAACUGAAGGUCAUUCCCUAUGAAGAAUUUGCACUAUCUGGUCUUCGGGAAAAGCCGCCCUCAAGUGUCUUCCAGACCUCCAGGGUUUUGGCCACAGCUGAGAUUCUGACAACUCAUUAUACUGAACAAGACACUUUUUCGCUCUUUUCUCUGCCUCUAGAUGCACCGUCCUCUAUGAGAGCUGCCCAGCCUGCUUCAUCUCCACUUUUACCGCCACCACCGCCCCCAGCUCUAGAGUCAAAGAGAACGAUUGAAGAGAAGGAGGCCACGGACCCAAAGGAUAGUAAUUUGCAGGCUACUCGUGAGGGGCCAGAUGUUAGUAAGAAGGAAGAUGGAGAGGAGAAGCAGAAACAGAAGCUUGCGCCAACUCAUGCGCUCUCUUGGCAUGAACUGCGGCAGGAUCACCUCAAGAAGGGCCUGUUUGGUAAUUACCUGACGGGGAAGAUUAACCUCUGUCACUACAGGGAUAUAUCUCUACUCCUACACCAGGGCUGGAUCAUUGAGAGAGUAGACUCUAAUAUUAUCCGUGCAGUACCUAUUGCCCAGAUAGAUACAAUAGUACUAGACCCUAGCUCUAUCCGGUACAAAGGCAAUUUCAGACAGGCAUUCAAGCGGCUUGUAGACGACCCCGUCGAGCAAGGGACGGAGAUAUUUCUUGGGCUCAAAAGCCCCGUUUUCCAUGGAAGCAAUCAUGAGUCUGUACCUCCGAGUGGUAACGACCCAGGUAAUCAGUCUAACCUGCAGGGAUCUACCCUUGAGCUAAAACUAUACAUAGGGGAGUCACUCUUUUACACCUUCUCCUCAGAUGACGCUAGGCUCUGCUUCCUCCUUCAGCUUUUGGAUUUCGUGCAAAGCCUUUGCCUUCCAGUAAGAAUGCGGUUCUAUCGCUUACAUCGAGCAAUACCUCUUGGAAUGCCUGCUGUUCCGGUAAGCAUGGACUACUUUGCUGCACAACUACAUAACGUGGUAUCAAAGACUACCUCCAGUGAAGUCUUGCAGAUUGACAACGUUGUUCUGGCUUCGCUACUAGAGGAUCUGGCGUUUCUGACGGGAGCACAUCCGCGCACGCUUCCUUAUGACGGCAAGAAUAAGGGGUACUUGACGUGUGCCGGGAAGAUUUUAGCAUUUAUAAGCAAAGAGGCCAAGGCACAGCCGUCCGACCUUACAGUUGCGCUUUGCAUCCUGCUAGAUUUUCUCGUUCUUUUGCUACAAAGCAGAACACUUUGUCGUGCAGCUGUGCAAGAUUGCCACAGCUUUCUUUUCUCAGACCUUCCUGAGAUAUUUAGCGGCAACAGGUUUACUCCUCUUGGCUUGUGCAUGAUUCUAACGGCUGUCCGAGCCACACUAACAUACCAGUGGCGCGUCCUGUCUGAGCAGGGAACACAUUCGUAUUCAGGAUUUUCUAGCGUCUAUUCCAUUAACAAUGACCUCAUGAUUCCUGACCUCUCUUGCAAGAGCUCUAAGCCAAUCCAUCACGAUCGCAGCGAAAAGACUUUGGGAAAAGCGUUCCAAUCAACUUCUUUAGAAAACGUGGAUGCGUCGGAAGGAGUGGCCCUAAUGGCGUCGUCGUUUAUCAAUAGAGCAGAGAUAUCUCUUAUCUCUGGCAAGAGCCUCGCGGAUAUAAAGCGUGCCUACGAUACUAAUAGCUUGCCAACUACGUACACACAGGGAAUAACGUUCAGCAAGUCGCGGUUCGAAAUGGAGAAGGAAAACAGGGCCGAUCUCAUGGCAUCGGAAGGCCCAAUCUUAAAGCUGGUCUGCCAGGUUGCGAGCAAUCUUCAUAAGCAUUGCAAAAAGGAGCCUCUCAUGCUGCUUCCUAUUUGCGGUAUCCUUGAUGACAUUAUCCUAUUCAGGAGUCACUUGGGCCAGCAAUGGUUUGCUGACAGUGUGCGCAGGGCCGAGCGAGCAGGAAACCAGCUUCCCCAUCCUCCUGGCCGAGCAGAGCUUUUCCUAGCACUCGGCGAAGGGUUUGUGGACUAUGUUUCGCUUACCUUGCUUGAUUGCCGCCGAAUAUCUCUUUUGGCCCGUCUCUUCAUCAAGCAGAUCCUCUUCGAGGACGUCCUGAAUGAAAAGGUGAGGACAACUCUAUCAGAUUAUUGCCUAUCCUCUGGAGCGAUGCUACGCUAUAUCGAUGACGUCAUAUCUGAUGCUGCCCCACUCAGCCUACGCGAGGGCUCUCUUCAGAUCAUCGCCACGGCGUAUGGAGCCAACGCCACUGUUCGGUCUCUUGUUCACGCAGUCUUCCCCAUGCCCUUUCUCAGCAGCAUCUUGUCGUCUCAACUUUCCUCUAUGUCUUUACAAUCAUAUAAGGCAGGGAGCAAAAGCACAUCUAACCUCCUCAGCGGCAAAGCCUGUUUUCACUUGGGAACUGCAACUCACCUCUCCUAUGUUCGAGAGCAUGGCCCAAGCUAUGUACUGCUGCCGUUUCCGGGCCCCUUGGAGAAGUGGAAGGACCUCUUAAAUCUCCUGCCCACUAAGAGCUACUCCUUCGACAUCGUCUGGGACGAGUCUGUUCGAGCGAAUCUUAGCAUGCUGCUUAUCCAGGAGCUCACAUUACUAUAUGCAGAGGCUGAAAAGCACAUCUCUUCAAUGCCACACGACGCUUUGAGGAAGGUCCUUGUAACAAACAGGCCCGUCCUCGGCACUAUGCUCAGCUGGAACGUGGACGCCUUCCACGUAGAUCUCCGUGGGAAAAGCCUGUUUCCUCUAACAUCCUUUGACGUCCAGUUCAACGGCUACUAUCUGUCUUACGUUCUUUGGCACUAUAUAUCUCUUAAAAUGCAUGAGGAAUGCGUCAGCGGUAGGUACUUUCAGCAGGAGCUUUUAUCUACCCUGACCCUAGACGUGAAGACGGGAUCUCGAGAAUCUGUUGGUACUGGUGAAGCCAUCAAGGCAACAAAUCUAGAUACGCUUGUCUCUAGCUACUUCUCCCAUUUUAUUCUUUUACGAGACAACGAUAGAUCUAUUCGCGCCGCCCUGAUCUUCGCUAUCACCCUCAUCCUCAUCAACUCCAGCUCUCGGUUCACUCAGUUGAUGGAGCUUGCUACAGAGACAAUCCGCCUCUUGACUGUGGCCGACUAUGGACUUGCAGGUUUAUGCUUGUCUCUGAUUGAGGUUGCUGCUUCUCAGCUGGCAGCCAAAUAUGCUGACGCUGCAAGUACUGGGCUGCAUUAUUAUCUUGCUUCGUACAUCCUGCCCUUGAUAAGCUGCAACAAGGAGAAGAAUCUUUGUCUGUCUGUUGAUCCAGAGACCAUCCUUGCGGCUCACACGUAUGGCUCGCUAAUACAUAUUUCUCUAAGGGUCAUCUUGGGGUGCCUUCAGUCCCAAGCUAUGACAGAUAAGGUGGGACGCAUUCUUAUUCCGGUGCCCCGAUACAAGAAAACUCUUUCUAGCCGCGCUUUUCUGCCAAUUUUUGCCAACCUUCUCCUCGAGACCCAAGCGCCUAGCACCUCAUCAGCGUUCUUGGAGAAGGAGCGCUUUGACCUUGUCUGCUACAAGACAGGCUCUGAUGUCGCCAGCGCUGUCCACUCUUCUCCAGCAGAAGUAGCAAUUAUUCAGAAAAUCUUUACCCAGACGUGCGAGCUAUUGAGGGAGCUCUGCAAGCGAGAUUCGGAGAUUGCGCAGUCGAUGGUAGAGUGUGGGGUGAUCCACUUCUUGUUAUCGAAUACACAUGGACUAGAGCCCAACAGCUAUGCUGUCCUUCUUUUGCAGGAGCUUUACCAAUCGUGCUCACGAACUGUUGGAGGGGAGAGUCUGGCCUCGAAUAGCGUUGCUUUAUGUGUCAAGUCGCUGCUCCCCGAGCCUCUUGCCCUCCUAUUGCUGAGUUCUAAAAGGGCCUCAGAUGCGGCAGAGACCUUUACGUCCUAUGAAACCUUCAAAAUCAACGUUGUGUGGACCCAUGAGAUGCGUCACUAUCUCUAUUCAGCACUCUACUCCUGGCAGCAGCCGUUACGGGCAGCGCUCUUGAGCGUAGAUGAACACCACAGGAUAAGCUAUCUACGAUUCUUUGGCGAGUACACCCAGGGACCGUGGUGCUGUGUUCCGCAUAUUCAUAACAUAGAGUUUUCCAAGCAAACCGGAGAGCCCGUUGGGUGUUAUCUGUACAACUCUUCGACACGAAUGUCGAGCCAACUGGAUCUUCCAUCUAUUUCUUCUUAUCCUUGCAUUCGCGAAAUAGAGGCCAGCCUUGCAGGAGGCAUAUACACUUCCUUACUGCGCUCUAUAUCCAGGACUGCGACAAAUGUGGCUCUGUCCAUAACCGAUCUGAUCAGUUUCUUACAGACAUUACUGUCUCUUAGCGUUGGAGAGCUUAACGCCCUAUACAAUCACAUGUCCGAGGAGGUCACCAGAGAUUGCCAACUUGACCGUGAUGCAGAGGCUACUCCUGUAACGCACCAUAUCCACUCUUGCUCCACUCUUCCCCCACUGCUCCGUCUCGAAACAGAAGGGUUGCACGAGAUGACAUCCCUAUGCUGUAUUCGCGCAAUCGACCUUUUAAAAGUGGGGCUAGAUAGGACAGAAGAGAUGCGGGCAACAGAGAGUAAGCUUAGGAAGGAAUUGCAGAGCGCCAGUGCCAAGAUCGAUAGGGUAGGGAUGACGUCGAUAGACUCUGCUUUCCUUCAGCACCCUGAUCUCAUCAAUCAGAACCGUAUGUCUGAGACAGAUCUUUUGAGGAGACUCUCUAUCCUUUUGAUACUACUGGUAAGGGCCCUUGGGGACGGAUUACUCGCUUUUUCUACUUAUGUCAAGAACGGAGCAUUUCGCCCUUCAUAUCCUAUCUUCCAUCAGUACAUGGCUGUCUGUCUCCAAGUGUCCCAGAUGAAGUUAGGAGACAUCAUCAUGGGAGGAAACUCUUUGCUCGAUGACGGAUGGGCGGGAGAGGCGUUUAGUUCCGUUUGUGUCAGGACGCUGUCUAUGUCCCUGCGUUUCUUGAACACGCAGCUACGGAUGUUUGUCGCCACUUGUGCAGACCUGGUAUCCGCGCUCAUCCCAACUGUCUUAUUUUCUUCUCAAUCAUCCAAUGGCGUGCAGGACGGGGUCACAGGCACACUCGUGUAUCUGUACAUGGCGAUCACCGCACUAAAAACUAUCGAGUGCAAGUGUAGAUUUUUAAAGGGGCCAACACCCUCCUUAGAUCAAGUGCUGGGGAGACUUGUCGGGUCCUUGUACACUCCAUCUAACAUCUCCUACGUGAAUCCGCACGUUGAUCUGGAUUCUCUCAUCACGAACGCCAGCAAUCAGUCCUACCUGAGGACACUGAUUGUGGUGUCUGUCAUUCACUACUACUUAGAAGCUAUCAGGACGCACGUUGAUGUCGCACUGGCCCCGCAAAUCAUGAUCUAUAUUUUCACCGGGACCAUCCUUUCUGUCACUGAGUUUGCAGAUGUCCUCUCGCAGCUUCUUGGACUCACCUGUGGAAUCAGUAGUGUAUUCUCUGACAAUAUUCGGCGUUUCAUCCGCAUAUUCGGCACAUCGUAUGUCGACUCCGUAGCAACCGGGGGAAUUGAAGCCCCGAGGCUCCUGACAAUUAUGAAAGGUAGCUACUACGGUCCCCGAUUCGCCUUUGAUGCCGACUAUAGAGACCGAGUUAUUCUGUAUUUCGGUCACUUGCUGCGUGGCUAUCAGUCCCAGCAAGAUAAGACACACUGCGUUUGUACUUUGGAGGAGAUGCUCGACAUCGCAGAAAGAGAAUUCACAGAGUUAGCGAAGUAUCCCGCGCGUCUGUUGAUCUCUGGAUAUCAUAUUAACAACAUACUCGGAAUGAUGGUCGAGCUCAAUCUAUCAAAGGGUCAGGUUAACAUAGGCACUCCUCUCCAGACCCUUAGCUUUUUGAGCAAAGGGUCUUCUGAAACACUUAGCGCGUCUCAAUAUGUCUGUGAUAUGCUGCACACCUUAGAAGCGAUCUAUGCUUGUGCUUCUAGUUCCAGAGACUUCAAUCUAAUUACAGCGUUUUACCAAUAUGUUGGAAGUCUCAUCCCUCUCCAUGCUAUGUUAUCUACGGUCUUCUAUGUGGCUUACACAGACUCCCAUUUGUAUACGCAGAUCCAAGAACCCACACGCACGUCUCUUCUGAAGAUGCUUUGCUAUAUAGGAUUCACGAUUAUUGAGAGCCAAGAGCAGCUUUUGCUUAGCGAGCUUGUCCUUGCCUUCCUUAUCCACGUCCUCAGUAUUGAGGACCCUACGAUUUUUCUCCCUGUCAUAGCGCCCUAUCUUCCAGCUAUACUCAAGGGAGCUCUUGAUGAAAGCAUUACUGAUUCAGCUACCUUUGCAUACAUGCGCCAUUAUAGCGAGAGUGGUGGAGGGCUAUCCAUGCUUGACUCCUUCAGUAUUCAUGACCCCGCAACUCUAAACACCGUUAAGCAAAAUCUUCUUCAAGUACCGUGGGCCAGCGAGCUUUAUCCCAGACCGGUCCUGUGCGCACUGAUCCUCAAGAUGGUGCUUUUCAUUAAUCCCGAUGCAGCGGCCUCGAGUGCAAUUCAUGUGCAUUUACUAAGAUUUUUGCUUCAGAAUGCAUCACGCAUGACUGAUCAAGAUGCAAAGGGUGUCCCACCCGUGCUUCUUCUGACCAUAGAGAUAUGUGGGUUUCUUCUACGUGCACAGAAUCCGGUGUUGAUGGGUCUUUUACCACCUCCCCUUGUCCUGUCUCUCGCUGAGCAUGAUCACGUAUCAUUCUCUAAGAUUUUGUUGACGACCGAGAUCUCGUCACCAGAAUUUUAUUGGUCAGCACACUGUACCAAUGAGUUGAUCAGUCUUUGCAGCUCCUUCCUGUCAUCCUUCCAAGGUAGCGGCUCUGAACUGGUGAAGAGUCCUCCUGCAGUAAGUUACCUCUCUAUCCCGACUCUUCAGCGUGCAAUUAAUAACAAGGCAUAUAUCGGCGGGGUGUAUCUGGAUGCGUAUCUUGCUGCGUGCGCGGGAGGUCCUGAAGAUACAAUUGCAGUGAGCAAUCCCAGUAUCGCUAUUAAGGCAUUUUGCGCUGAAGUGGCGUCCAUUCUAUCUGUGUCUCGGAAUGCCCGGUCGCUGGACCACAACAGCUUAAUUUUCAUUUCAAAAUGUCUGCAGGCCUUAUCUCAUCUUGCCAAGGCCCCCGCAGAAAUCUUAGUACUUCUUCGCUCUGUUGAUUUUUCCAAGCUGCUCAAGCUGUUACUCAGUAAUGCGAAUUUAUCCUUUGGGAUAGGGGUUGACACCCAGGCAGCCCUUGCAAUGGAACAGUCGAUAAUACGCUUGUUGGAACGCGUCACCCCAUAUAUAGAUGAAGACAUUUCUAGGGGCUAUUCCCCCGAUAUAACUGUAAGUAUUUUAGGUAUGUUGAUGGAAUACUACAACUACGUGCUUGGUGACUCAUCAGGACUCAGUGUGAUACAUGAUCACGGAGAACAGUUGUUUGCGGUGUUAUCUCAUAUUCACACGACCGACCUGGUAGACGCAGUGGGAACAUAUGUAACAUUUUGUCUUACCCUCCUUUGGCAUAGUCCCGCGAGUCGCCUUAGAAUCUUUCGGACUCUAUUUGCCACUUGUGCAGCGACGUCAGCGGACGUAUAUGGGGUCCGCUUGAUUUACACGAUUUCUCUGCAUGGACGGAGCAUAAACCUUUCCAAGGCUAUGCGACGAGCGAUGAUUGCCGUCCUGGCAGGCUUCUUCGUCCAAUCGGUAGACGUACUGGCGGAGUUUCGUGACAGCAUGUGUCUAGAAGAUCACGGGCACGCCUGGCUAACGCUGUGCGCCAAUGAUUUAGAGCUUCAUAUUGGCCAUGGAGACUAUGACCCUACCAAGAUGAUAGCGACGAAUAUGCAGGGGGCAUUUCCUCUGCCGUCGGUAACAAUAGGUGACGUGUGCAACGUAAAAGCAAGGCUUCCUGAAUCAUCAUCUCAGCCACCUGACCCAGAAGAGCUCCAUCGAUGGAUCAGGGGCGGAUUCACUGAACCUAUGAGAGGCCUCUUGGUAUCCAUUGAUAUGGAGCGUGUAGUGCGUCAGAUAACGCCACUAUCUAUUUCGAGACCCGAGCUGAAGCAUGACUAUCAUGCACGUCGUUAUUGCAUGGGAUACCAGAUGUCAUAUCUCAGGGUCGUUGAGCACACUGUAUGGAAAGAGGUUAAUGAGAAACUGGCAAGCUUUCUUGCAUAG